AUGAUGGAGCAAACUCCAGAAAACCGGGAGAGGUUCAUCAAAGAUCUCCUGCGCGAUGAAUUUGGUCGCGAGGUAACUGGAUUAAAGACCUUGGGUAGAGAUUCAAACAAUUUCGUUUAUCAAAUCGACCUUGCGUCGGAUGAUUUGCAAGACGCCGUCAACUCUCAGACCAAGAAAAUCGUCAAGCCGGGCGUCGUAUCGCUGCCCGCUGAGACUGCCAUAGUGGUGAUUCGCAUCUCCAAUCCCCAGGCACUGGUCAACCAUGACGCAAGAGUCGAGAAUGAAGUCGCAGCCAUGACACUAAUGAGGGAUGCCCUGUCGUCGUACAGCUCAAGCCUGGUACCAGAGGUAUACGAUUGGAAUUCAUGCGCCCCCUCAGAUCAGGACGGUACGUACGGGUAUGUGUUGCAAGAGCACAAGGCUGGUGUGGGGCUCGACAGCACGUUUGGGCUCAGCGCCAACAGCGAGGAAAAGACGUCGUUUGAACAACUUGACGAGGAAAAGAAGCGCGACCUGCUGGCGCAGAUUGCCACCGUCUUCAAGCUCAUUCAGAGCUACGAGCUGCCGCCGAGCGUCAAGGGGUACGGCGGUCUGCGGUUUGACGAAGCGGGCAACAUUGUCACGGGCCCCACGUCGAUUCCCUGUGGAGGGCCGUUUGAGACGUAUCCGGAGAUGCAUGCCCAGAUGCUGCGUCAUCAGCUCCAAGAGGCCGAUGGAAAUGAGAACAUUGUCCGUGGUUGGCGCGAGACUGAUCUGCAGCCCGGCGGAAACAGUUUGCGGGAUCGUCUCGACAGGCUUGUAGCCCAAGAUGGAAUCGCAAAGGUAGCAGAGCAGAACUCGAUUCAUCGACCAACAUUGGUGCACGGAGAUUUUGACAUAUUCAACAUGCUCUUUGAUGUCGAAAGCAAUCGUUUGACAGCCUUGCUCGACUUUGAUUUCUCGCACGUGGCCACUCCGGCGGACGAGUAUUUCUAUUCAAUGGGUCUACUGGGUCACAUCCUCCUCGGACCCCUCGAAGAAGGCCCAAUGCAGCAAUGGGUCAAGUGCCUUCUCCACGGGUGCGAAGGGAAUAUUCCUACGGCAGAAGAGGAGAGAGCUGAUGUUCCGUGGAGAACCUUGGAAGUAUUGAGUGAGGAAUUUGCUCGAGCCGGUGUGCUUCGGCCGCAGGAUAUCAAGGGCGUCGGAGAAUUGGCCGGGGUAAAAUGGUUUCUUGAGGCAGUAUUCCCACCUUAUUUCGCUUCGCAAAGGUGGCUGAGUAAGCGGACCCCGGAGCAGAUUCAGAGGAUCAAGAAGAAUCAUGCAAGUCAGAUCGACGCGUAUCUGAAGAGAUGGGGUUACUGA